GCUCAGUUUGACAACUGACAUAACGACAGUAGAAUGACAGAUGAUUCUAUUUUAUAUUUGCAAAUUUUUAAUUAAACAAAUAAAAACAAAAACGCCAGAUCAAUGAAACAGUAAUUUUUAGCAACCCACUAGCACUAAGAGUCAUCAAAAUGGCGUACUGCAGCAAAGGCAGAGUUUGUAUAACGUUGAAGAAGCCCAGCCAGCUUAAAACCGAGGUGGACGUGGCGGCUAAAGAAAACUUCGACUUUGCGGAAGCCCUGGAGUCCGUCUACCCCUUGCUCGAGAUUGUUUUCAGUUACUUGGACUACAACGACUUACAAACGGCCGCUUUAGUCAAGAAGUCGUGGCAAGUCACUGCGAGUAGGAUUCUCGAGAAGCGAAACGACGUGAGCUGGAUCACCGUGUUUCGGAAAAAGAGACAAAGUUACGUGCACUAUAGCAAGAAUUAUCUUUACAAUAACAUUAGUUUAGGGAUCAUUUUAUUUAAUUAUCGUGCGGUGUCUCUGAGUGAUUGCUUUUGCUGUCAUGAGGACGUGUCUUCAAGAAAGAUUAAGUUUUCAGAUUUUCUAGCCGACCAAGUGGUUCCUAGUGGAACCGAAUAUUGUGUGAUUGGGUGCCCGGGAGUGGCUUCCAUGUUCUCCAAGCAAGUGAUAAACAAAUCUAGCGUACCUCUUUUCGACGGGUGUUUUAUACCUCCAAUCCCCAACGUGCGGGUGUCCAUGUUUUACUGCAACCCCAUUCACAUGAGGGAUGACCACAUUAAACCAAACGAGAGACUCAAGUGUUUGUUGUUGUUUUGCAAAAUUGACCUCGAAGAGAGCGUCUACGACAUCUUCGAGCACCUUCUCCCUGAGCGAGACUUUCGGAGCGUCGCUGUCGGCGGCGGCAUAAUUCGCAGGACCGUGCUCUUCCCCCACCCCCCCGAUUGUCUCAAGAUCCGCAAAUGCGGCACUUUGUGCAUAACUUUCGCCGAAGACAUGUACUGCGAAAGCGCCUUCGACACGUCCUCCGUCGUCAUAAACGGUAACAAUCUGUCGUCGGAAGACUUUGAAGACGAGUUGUUGAAGUUUAAAAAUAAAAUCGUAAUACGGAGCAACAGCAUGGCGUUUAGAAUAUGUUGUUCCGCGAAGAUGCGCAAGAACCACGAGUCGCGCAUUUUUAACAAGGUUUUCCCUCUCACCCCUCUUCUGGGUUUGGAAGCCGAGGGCGAAAUCGGGUGGAAUUGCUUCAAUCUUCCGGAUUCCGGCGAUGAGUUCGAAGGGCACAAGCCGAAGCGAGCGAGGGAGGGCUAUCCCACGGUGCAACAUCAGUGGUCGACUGUGAUAGUUUUUGUUACUUGGGGACACUUGCUGCAGAAUCGGGUUUGAUGACUUGUGUGGGUGAAGAUAACUAGGGCGUGAUAUCACUGAAUAUGAGCUAGAUAUACUUAAGAUUUUAUUAGAACCGUACUAGCGUCAGAAUAACAACGUUUUAUACGAUUGUCGUUAUACAGAUAGUACAAUUUUAUUUUCGUUUAUGUGAAACAUAAGCGCGAUCUUUUGCAGAGCUGAGUGCGGGUUUUUGCUCAAUAACGGCAUUCAGGAAGAAUACCAAACUAACAUUCAGUUGUACUGAAGUGUUCAUCAUUAUUUUUUAGUUCACAUUGUGUAUUAGCAUUUAUGCUGUAUAAGUGAUUUUGUGCAAGAAUAAAGAUAUACAACAUUA